AAGCGACAGCUGAGCGGACGCGGGGGCGGCGAGGAUCCGGCAGCACCCACGGCUACUGGGUGAGCUGCGGGGCUAUGCGGGGCCUGGUCCGGCCGCGCAGGGUCCUGAGGACCGCGCGGAGAAGCGACGACCUCGGUUGAGAACCGCAUGAAGACGCCAGGGGCCCCCACAUGGAGUUCCUAACCACCCCGCAGCCCUCCUCAGGGCCCCCAACCCUGGAUGUGGGGGGGGCCAGAGAAUCCCAAGUGCCCUCUAAGACCUGCAGCCCCGACAGCCAGUGGAACCCUGAGCCUGGAGGCCCUGUCCUGACUCAGAUGGAACUGGACAGGUCAGGCGUUCAGGAUCUGGUAGGACAAUUGGAAAAUCUGCCAGGCAAUCUAGUGGACCCAGCCCCUGAUGGAGCCCCCUGCCCUCUGCACAUUGCCACUGGACAGGGCUUGGCCUCCCAGGACAAGAAUGAUGCCCAUGGGCUCUUGUCAGCCGAGGCUGGCAAGGAGGACCUGCUGGAUCUCCUGCUGCAGCCUCCGGGUUAUCCUGAUGGGGAACCUGGUCCCCCAGAGUGGACAGAACCAGAGGACAGCAGGAGCUCAAGUAGCUCCCCCGAACCCUGGCCAGAGACAGCACCUCUAGUCACACCCGAAGAACCACCUGCUGCCAGUGCUCAGAGCCCUGAGACCCUGGCCUCAUGCCCUGCUCUUCAGGAGGUCCCUGGACCCUGUGACCAUGAGGACCUCAUGGACGGUGUCAUCUUUGGUGCCAAAUAUUUGGGCUCCACCCAGCUGGUGUCGGAGAGGAACCCACCCCCCAGCAUGCGCAUGGCGCAGGCACAGGAGGCUGUGGACCGGGUCAAGGCCCCAGAUGGAGAAAGCCAGCCCAUGACAGAGGUGGACCUCUUUGUCUCCACCAAAAGAGUCAAGGUCCUCACAGCUGACUCCCAGGAGGCCAUGAUGGACCAUGCACUACAAACUAUCUCCUACAUUGCUGACAUCGGCCCUGUGCUGGUUUUCAUGGCGCGGCGGCGGCUGGCACAGAGGCCAGGGUCCCAGGACCGUGACUGCCGCCUGUACAAGAUGAUCUGCCAUGUCUUCCACUCUGAGGAUGCCCAGCUUAUUGCUCAGGCCAUUGGCCAGGCCUUUGCCGUGGCCUACAGCCAGUUCCUGAAAGAAAGCGGUAUUGACCCCAGCCAAGUGGGGACCCAGCCAAGCCAGGGCAGCACUGGCCCUGGCCACCUGCACAAUGGGGACCUGGACCAUUUCUCCAACAGCGAGAACCGUAGGGAGGUGUGCAUCGAGAAGCUCCGUGGCGAGGGCCUGGGCGUGGCCCUGGUGGAGUCCGGCUGGGGCUCCUUGCUGCCCACAGCUGUCAUCGCCAACCUGAUGCACGGGAGCCCUGCAGAGCGCUCAGGCGCCCUCAGCAUCGGGGACCGCCUCACCGCCAUCAACGGGGCCAGCCUGGUGGGGCUGCCCCUAGCCGCCUGCCAGGCCGCCGUGCGCGAGGUGAGGCCACACACAUCGGUGCGGCUCAGCAUCGUGCACUGCCCGCCCGUCACCACUGCCAUCAUCCGGCGGCCACACUCACGUGAGCAGCUCGGCUUCUGCGUGGAGGACGGCAUCAUCUGCAGCCUCCUACGCGGGGGCAUCGCUGAGCGUGGCGGUGUACGCGUGGGCCACCGUAUCAUCGAGAUCAAUGGGCAGAGCGUGGUGGCCACGCCUCACGAGCGCAUCAUCCAGCUGCUCACGGAGGCCCACAAUGAGGUGCACAUCAAGACCAUGCCGGCGGCCACCUACCGACUACUCACGGGCCAGGAGCAGCCCGUGUACCUGUGACCACCCUGCCACCCACCACUGUGCCUUAGUCCCUACUGGCUACAGCCCCUCCUCAGCCAGCUGGGACCCCAAAAAGAUUCUUGACCCUAUAUUUUAAUACAAAAAAAAUUGAACGUUUGCUGGGCGCUGGUGGCUCCACGCCUGUCAUGGUAGCUACUCAGGAGGCUGAGAUCUGAGGAUCACAGUUCAAAGCCAGC